AAUGUUCGACGUACUGAUGCACUUCCUGUUUUCUUUUUCGACUCCUUCGUACCUGUCGGUCCGGUUCUCGUUAAAAAUGGAGCCAUUCGCCCGGCAACGACACAACGACGACCACCCCGCGGAGGAACGCGCUUUUCCGCGACACCGGUGGACCUUAUAAACACUCCGAACCGGUGAAGCGCACCUCAAUAAGGGGGCUUUCAAGCCCACACAAGCCGCAGCGAUAUGGCUCUCAGCUCGGGCGGCUGGGCUCCGCAGGUCCCUCUUCUCGGUUCGUCCCAGCCCGGUGCCUGCGAGGGGCUGGCGGCCUCGGCUUGCUGCAGCACCGUCUUAAUGUCUGUUCGAGUGUCGGUGUCCCACUCCGGAAUCCGUCCCUUGUGUCUCCCGGGAGCAGACAGCGAAGCUCUGCGCCUCCAGCUCAGCAUGGACCCGAGCCGGGCCGGAGAGUUCCGGCUGGCCCUGAGGGACACCAGCGGGACCCGUAACGCGUUGGUGGAGUUUGACCUUCGCUCUGUUCAAUACGAGGUCAAAUCUCCUCGUUGCCACGAGAUGCGUCUGGUGGCGCCACCUCACGACUUCAUCCGCUUCACCUUCCGCUGCGACCGCGAGGCGGAGGAGUGGGCCACCGUGGUGAUGUCGUCUCUGCGAGAGGCCCAGCGAGUUGCAAACAUGGCCGCCUAUGACGCAGGCAGCAGGCAAACGCAGAUGGACGCUUCUACAGAAACGUCCUCCUUACCGCUGGCUGAGGAGCUCUGCAAGGAGCUAACAAAGGCGGUGGAAGCAGGUGAUGCUCAAGCCGCCUCCCAGCAUGCUUCAGCGCUCGCUCGCCAGAGAGCGUCACUUACCAUCCAACUGGCGGAGACCAACUACACCGCUAGUGGAGAGAUCAGUCUGACUGUGGUGGUGGAGGACGUGUCUUCUUCCUGUUGUUUCACAGUCAAAGUCUUCCCCUACAUGACAGUGGCUGCACUCAAACAACAGGUGUUUGUGGAGUACAGCUUCCAUCCGCGUGUGCAGCGUUGGGUGAUGGGUCAGUGCCUGUGCACGGACCACAGGUCACUGGCCUCCUAUGGCGUGCAGAAGGACGGCGACACCGCCUACCUCUACCUGAUCUCGGCCCGCCAGGCCCGCAUCACUAGACAACUCUUCCAGCAGGACCUUGAGGGUGCUCUGGUGGCCCCGCCCUUUUCUCCCGCAAACGGCCCCGCCUCUCAAGACUGGAGGGGCUACAGCACGCUGCCACCACGGCUAACCCACGGCAACCCGGAAAGCGGGGCAGGCGAUAAACCAGCUGACCUGCAGGUUGUUCAUGACAUGGGCAAUCUACAGCUAGUUAACCAGCCUACUAGAACACAGAAGGAGUGGGCGUGUCCCUCAUGCACUUUCAUCAACAAGCCUUCUCGUCCCGGCUGUGAAAUCUGCGCUACAGCCAAACCUGACGCCAUGCAGCAGGAGAAAGUAAGGAUGAAAGACCGAGGCGAGCCGGCUUUAAGCAGCAGCAGCAGCAGCAGCAACAACAACAGCAGCAGUUGACCGCCCAUCAGCGCCAUCGUCUGGUCACAUACACACACUGCUGUGCUAAUUCUACCAUCCAUGUUGUCCACUCUUACAAUGAUUGUCAAGUGCACUGAGAGUCCUGGCAGCUGAUUGGCUGUUCAAAACACUUGAAGCACUGUAGCAUGAUGCACACACACACGUGUUUGGACAUUUUCAUGGACAUGACAAUUUUCAAUUCAGCCAAUGUGUUCAUUUGAAAGAGGGCCUAAUAUUUAUUGGAGGGGAGGUGCUGAUUAAUAAGAUAUGUGCAGAUAUUAAAUUUCCGUUGUGGGCAAAACUGUGAAGUUGGCAGUGGUCGAGAGCGAGAGAGAGAGAGGACGUUUACAGGGUCAAGUGCUUUUUAAAAUGUAUUUUUUAUUGGGGUUAAUUUUUUUUAAAUAAGGCAUAAUUGAUGUACAGUUUAGUCGCUGAUUUGAUUUUAGUCCCUCUGAGUUGUGACAGCAAUGGAAUGAUGUUUUCAGUACAUGUAAAAAAAUAUGACAUUAGCUGAAUAAACACAAUGUAACAUUAACAA